GGAUGUCAAAAGUUUUGCUAAAAUAAUUGGUUAGGUUUCAACUUGAACUUAACUGCCAAUUUUUUUUUUUAAUCUCGAUUUGACGUCAAAUAUAUGCAGAUGACGCAUGCGUAUCAGUUUCUGUAGCACAGUCGCGUCACAUGACCCCAAAUUUGGCCCCGUGACCAAAAUUGAAGGAAAAUUCAAAAAAUUUGAACCCAAAAACCUUUCCAUGGAUAUCUUGGAUCCUCUAGUAGAAGGGUAAGCCUGCAGAAAUUCCACAGCACCUUUUCAAGAAAGUUACGUAACUCCAACCUCACGCAAGGUCAAACAGAACGUCGUCAGAGGCACAAUUAAUCAUUGUUGUUAUCAACCGAUUAAUAUAACAACAAUAACAAUAGUGGUAGCAUGUGCAUGACGUGGAUUAAAACAUUCGAACAUUGAUUUUUAGGGAGACCAUAGAAGUAAAAGAAAUCGAUGAAAUUCACAUAAAAGAGGGUAUAAUGGACAGUGAUGAAGAUGGAAAUGUAGAUCACUUGUCUCCCCAGACCCUUUUGGAGACCUCUGAACCGGAAGUACAAUAUACUGUGCGACCUCAGGAAGGCAUGAUAACAUACAGAGUAGUACAAGUAGACGAUCCCAACGUUGAAGCAGCAGUGCCUCAUAUUGUGACAACGGGAGCCACUGGGUAUUCCAAUGCAUCGCCUGUGCCUCAAGUAUUGACAAGCAAUAUUAACGGACAACUAUAUGUGAUUGGAAAUGCAGCUGAAGUGUUUGGAACUCAAACUGGCACGAGAGCUAUUGCUCCAAGGUCGUCCAUCACAGACUCUAUCAUUGAAUCAAACAGCAGUAUUGUGUCCAGUAUAAAAAAGAGGGAUGAACGGCGGAGGGCAACACACAACGAAGUAGAAAGACGACGGAGGGAUAAAAUAAACAACUGGAUCACCAAAUUAGCAAGCAUUAUACCAGAAUCUCCAAAUGACAUCAAGGGUUCAGGGCAUUAUGAUGGGCAGUCAAAAGGCGGCAUACUAGCUAAAGCCUGCGACUACAUCACAGACUUGAAGCACAUCCAUGAAAAAUAUGAAGAUCUACUGAGAGAGCAUAAAGAAGCACUAGAAAGGUUGGAGUAUGAACACCAGAAGAAUAUAGAAUUAGAAAAAGAUAAUAGAUUGUUAAAAGCUUUGCUGAAGAAACAUUCGAUUUUGAUAGUACCAGAUGAAAAUAAGUCAUCCUAGAUCAUUAUAAUUAUGUUGUAAAUUAUUUCACAUUUUAAUGGUCAAGUUUGUAUAUUCUGUUUUUCUCAUAUUCUUGAGCAUACGAAACAUACAGAGACACAAUUAAAUUUAUUCAUAAUACAUACUGAGCAAACAGUGUCGUUUAUGCUACUCAAUUAUGAGUUUCAUGUUUUUUUAUGAAAGCUGUGAUCACAGAUAAUAGGAUGCUUGAAAAUAUUGGUUUAAUCAGAGUAUUUAAAGAAUCAUUACAAUGCUUUUUUGUAUAUUUACAUGUUAUUUUCCAAUCAUGUUAAUUUUUUUUAUUAGAUUUUUACAUCAAGCUAUUUUUUUAUUAUUAGAUUUGUUUGUACAUAAAUUUCACCUUAAGGUUUAGUGAUGCAUUUGUUUAAAAAUGUAAAUAUCAUAGUUUGCGGUACUUUUGUGGACUGCCUGAAACUGUUAAAGUUUGAAAUGCUACUAAGUGCAAAUAAAGUGAAUUGUUGCUUUUUUAA